UAAAGGGCCACAUGACCGCACCGAGGGACACAAUAGUCCCGACGGCCGAGCGGGCGGGAGGGGCGCAAGCAAGUCGUGCGCUGGGAAGCGAAAGGGAAGAGCGACACAUAUUUAUAACAACUUCUUCUUGUGUGGAGAAAAUAUCGGACGCUUUACUUUGGGUUUUUUUUCUUUAUUCUUCUAAGAGCGCGUUUUCGUUCGGGUGCUUUAAAAGUAAAGUUUAAUCGUCGGCUGCGGGGCGGGUUUUGCGUGGAUGUGCGCGAUUUCUAGGGUCGUGUCCCGUCUGUGGGGAUGAAGAGCCCCGCGCUCCUCUCCACUAGUUAACGGAGUGCAGCUCUCUCUCUCUCUGUGUGUGUGUGUGUGUGUGUGUGUGUGUGUGUGUGUGUGUGUGUGUGUGUGAGAGAGAGAGAGAGAGUGAGCCGCGCCGCCGCCGCCAUGGCCGAGUGCGCGUCGCGGGAUCCGCCGUGUUCCGAAGCCGGGGUAGAUGAUCAUGAUGAUGAUGAUGACGACGACGAAGAAGCGCUGGACGAGGUUCUCGACUUCGGGGACGAGCUGGAGCUCAAUCAGUUCGAUGGACUGCCUUACUCAUCCAGAUACUACAAGCUACUGAAAGAAAGGAAGAGCCUCCCGGUGUGGAAGGUGCGCUCCGAGUUCCUGGACGCGUUGCUCCACCAUCAGGUCAUCAUGGUGUCCGGUGCGGCCAAGAGUGGGAAAAGUUCUCAGAUACCGGAGUGGUGCGCCGAGUACUGCCUUUCGGCGCAGUACCGGCACGGCGUGGUGGCGUGCACGCAGACGCACCGGCAGCUGGCCGUGGACCUGGCUCUGCGCGUGGCCGACGAGAUGGACGUCAACAUCGGACACGAAGUGGGCUACAGCAUCCCCCUGGAGACCUGCUGCUCCGGAGACACCGUGCUCAGGUACUGCACAGAUGACGUGUUGCUCAGGGAGAUGAUGUCAGACCCCUUGCUGGAGCGCUACGGGGUGCUGGUGAUCGACCAAGCCCACGAGCGCACCGUGAGCACGGACGUUCUGCUGGGGCUCCUCAGAGCCGUCCUGCCGCAGAGGCCCGAGCUGCGGGUAGUGGUUUUGACGGCGCCGCACGUCCCCACGAAGCUGCUCGCCCGUCUCGGCGGCGCCCCUCUGCUGCGGCUCGAGGACGCGCCCCCGGCCGAAGUGGUCUACAGCAACGGCGGCCCCAAGGACUACUUUUGUGCCGCGCUGCGCCUGGUGCUCGAGAUCCACCGCUCUGAGGAGAAUGGCAACAUCAUUGUCUUUCUGGCCUCCUCGCAGGAGAUCGACUGUGCCCACAACAUUCUUCUGCAGGAGGGUGCCGGGCUCCCCGGGAGGAGUCUGCAGGGGCUGGUGCCCGUGGCCCUGUUUCCAGGACAGGUUGGCGGGUUGCCGCUUCCUGGGGAGGAGAUGGGAGGCACCAGGAGAGUCUUCCUCACCUCCAGUCACGGGGAGGAUCUCUUCUGGGCCCUGGGCUCGGUUAACUUCGUCAUCGACCCGGGGGUUGAGAAGAGAUACGUGUACAACCCACGUAUCAGAGGGAACUCCGCAGUGAUGCGACCCAUCAGCAAGUGCCAGGCGGAGAUCCGCAAGCAGCUGAUGGGAUCGACAGGAAAGUGUUUCUGUCUGUACUCCGAGGAGACCCCUCUGCCUGAAGAAAUAACUCCCCGGAUCCUGGAGUCCAACAUCACAUCCACCGUGCUGUUCCUGAAGAGGAUGGAGAUAGCGGGCCUUGGCCAGUGUGACUUCAUCGACCGCCCAGAUCCUGAGGGCCUCAUGCAGGCUUUGGAGGAGCUGGAUUACCUGGCGGCUUUGGACAACGAUGGGAACCUGUCCGAGAUCGGGAUCAUAAUCUCCGAGUUCCCCCUGGACCCGCAGAUGGCCAAGACCGUGUUGGCUUCCUGCGAGUUUGACUGUGUAAACGAGGUGGUGACCAUAGCGGCGAUGCUCACAGCCCCCGGCUGCUUCCUAGAGCCGCCCAUCGGUAGCAGGCAGGAAGCCGCGCAGUGCCACCUGAAGUUCCAGCAUCCCGAGGGAGAUCACUUCACCCUGGUCAACAUCUACAAUGCCUUCAAGCGCAGCCAACGUGAGCCAUAUUUAUGCCUUGAGAAGUGGUGUCAGGAUUAUUUCCUCAGUUACUCAGCCUUGCGGACGGCCGAAGCCAUCAGGUCCGAGCUGAUAGACAUACUGAGGAGAAUUGAGCUUCCCAUCUCGGAGCCUUCCUUUGGGACGAAAAGCAAUACCCUCAACAUAAAGAGGGCUCUGCUUGCAGGAUUCUUCAUGCAGAUCGCGAGGGACGUGGACGGAUCGGGAAACUACUUCAUGCUCACACAUAAGCACGUGGCGCAUCUGCACCCGCUGUCCAGUUACGGCACGGAGGCGCAGAAGCUGGGGCUCCCUGAGUGGGUGCUGUUCCACGAAUACAGCCUGUCUGAGAACAACCGCGUGCGCACCGUCUCGGAGAUAUCCCCCCAGGUCUUCAUUCAGAUGGUGCCACAGUAUUUCUUCUACAACCUGCCCUCCAGCGAGAGCAAAGACCUUCUACAGCACAUCCUGGACCAUACUGGGUCCAUGCACUGCAAAGAAAAGAAACAGAAGACACACGCACUUGCCAGCGAACCGCAUGGUGACUGCGAAGCCAGCCAAUCCCACGAGCGAUGCAUCAUACAGUGAAAGUGUUGGUGGUCCGCUGUUCCCACGGUAACACAGUAUGGCGCGGCUGUCAGACAGCAUUUUCUACAUCAGUCUGUGUAGUAGAUAAAAAUUAACAUUAGAUAUUGAUCAUAUUUAAGGUUUAUUACUAAGACUCACAUAACGGGUCAUGUGUGCGGAUAAUACAAUAAGCCUUUCUCCCCCUCUCACCUUGCGUUUGGUCAAUGUUCCCAAAUUUGACAUUUAAUAGUGAAAUGACUAUCAAAAACAAUUUGACACGCCUGUAAUAUAUUCAGUAUGUGCUUUAUGGAGAAAUAAAUUAUUUCAGUUAUGCCUUGAAAGGAUAUGAUCAACUUAAAGGAUUAGGUGUGGGAUUCACUAAUCAUUGCAAUUGUG